AUGCCACAGGUGUUUUCUUCUUCGGCAGGACCUCGUGCUGGCAAUGCGAUGGACUUCUCAGUUCUUCCGCCUCCUCCGGUUAUACCCACUGCAAUGCCCUCUGCGUCGAGAGCACCUGGAGCUAUUCCAUUCAGUGUUGUUACUUCGAUGCCGCCGCCGUCGGUCAGUGGUCCUCUUGCCUCGCCCUCGACCUCGCAAGCUGCGAUGGUUGCAGCAUUUGUGCCUCGACCUGCUUAUAGGUAAGC